UACCAGGCUUCUCCAGUCUCGCGUGGCCCGGCCCGUGGCAAUCGGGGUUCACACAAACGUCUCCCUUAUACUCCAGGCGGACUUCCGCGUAGCAGUGUGCACAUGUACUUAUGCUGGUAUUCAGUGCGCCAGUCGCGUUGGAUAUAGCAGUGUGUAGAUGGUCAAACAUAGUCCCAGUCUCGCCAUCUGUUCCCCUUAGUACACUGGCGACAUGGCCGACAGCUUCUGGUGACGUGCCCGUGGCUGAAGCGACUACUUGCUUCACGACGCGGACACCAUCGCUAUUGGCGUUGCCGCUGAGGAAUUGCAUCGCACCAGCAAGGGGGAGUCCAAAUCGGCCCGAUUCGGGGAAACAACAUUGUUUCCCGAAUCGGGCCCAGAAACCAGGUGUUGGAGGGCCCCUGUUUCCGGCGAAAUAUUGUAACGCAACAUGUCUGCAACAGCAGAGCUGCACAGACGCUCAACUUUGCGGGAGCAUAAGGCCGGCAACGAAGACCCAACGAAGACCCUGACACUCAGCAAUGACCAUAGCGAUGAUUUUCAAGAUAAGUAUCGUCGUCAACACACGGCUGGUCUUCUAGCAGAACUCCUGGAUGAAUACCGAGCGGCUCACCAGCCCAAAGGAGAACCGGCGCCCAAGCCGAAACCGACAGGCAUUAAGCCACGAGGCUGCAUCCUGCCCGUGCUGGUUGUGCUGCUGCUCACGAUUCCGCUGGUCGGGCUGUGCCUUCCUAUCUUCAUAGUGGGCGCCAGGCAAAGCGACGAGGAGCAGCUCGAUUUCAUUUGCCUGCUGUACCCCCUCAACCGCCUAGCCUCCAGUUCCAGUGCCGCCUCCGCCCUGCUGAGGAGCCUCAACGCCACCUACGUAAACUCACCGGUGCUGCAGGCAUGGGUCGCAUGGGCCGCGGCUGAGGAGGCGCUGCUUCAGGACGCCGACAAUACCACCGCAAAGGCCUCCGCACAGGCCGCCAAUGAGCGGCUGAUGGCGAGGCAGGAUCGCUUCUUCGCCGCACUUCGUCGCAACUGCAGCACGAUUGCUGCGGUGCUGUGGGGCCGCGCAAACGAACGAGAGCAUUCGUUCAGCGGAAGCGGUACGUCACUGUACGACAGCCCGGCCUGGACGUACUGGCUGAAGCUCAACCGCCAGCCCUGGUCGCCAGACCAGGUACCGCUCGCGGCGCUGCCGCCGCCACUUGCGCCGCCGCCGCCAUCUGCGCCGCCGCCGCCAUCUGUGCCGCCGCCGCCAAUCGGAGGCGCAGCAGCGUUGGCGACCCAGGCGGCUGCUACAAAUGUAUCCGUUGUUCCAGCAGAUUAUGAAGACUACGACAGCCCGCCAUCGCCACAGGCGGUACAGCCGCGGCCGCUACUGUUUGGCAUUGCGGCAUAUGUGCUGGUCAAUGCCACCCUCAUUUCCAUGGAUGUGGUGACGGGCCUGGCACGGCUCAACUUCGAGGUACACCUGGGCAGCCUCAACCCCUGGGCCGCAGCAGGAGCCCGCGCCGCCGCCGCCGCUGCCGGCCGCCAAUGGCUGCUGGACGAGCAUGACCGGCUGCAACAGGCGGGAGUCACCGUGAACGUGGACGUGGUGACGGCCACGGGUGGGGGUUUGGUGACUCUGUCCCAGGGCGACCGCGUAGGCUUUAAGCAACUGGACAUCAUCGUCGACGUCGUCAAGAACAACUACUUCUACCCCUAUGACGAAUACCGCGCCGUCGUCAAGCUGAUGUCUUAUGUGGGCAACACCACCUACCGCUACCCCAUUGCCGUGCUACUCAAUCAGCGCACCGCGGCGGUGGGCUGGCGCCAGGAGGUGGAGGCGCUGGCGGAUGUGCAGGAGAACUAUAUGCUGUGGUGGAGCGGCAGCAGUCAGAAUCAAGAGGGGGAGGUGCACCUGACGUACGCUAUAACCAUCAAGCGGUCUGUCUUCACGAAGCUGUUCUGCGUCAUCAUCCUGAUCGGCAUGUGGGUACUGAGCGGCUGCGCUGCAAGCUACGCCGUGGACUUGAUCUUCCUGCGGCCGCGCGAGGCCGCGCUGCUGGACGCGACCCUGUUUGUGACGCUUCUGUUCGCAAUGCCCAACAUCCGCGACGUCAUGCCCGGCGUGCCCGCCAUCGGCGUGGGCGUCGACAUGUUUGGAUUCAUCUGGAUCAUGAUCCUGUGCAUCAUCAGCGGCUCCAUGAUCAUAGCCACGCUGGUGGCUCAGUACGUCCACCCCCGCCCCACCCUGUACGACAAGGCCACGCGGAACCAGGUGUACUGGGAUUGGAAUGAGCAUGAGAGGAAAAGGGAGGAGAAAGAAAAGGAGGAGUGGGAGCGGAAGCAGAGGGAGAUGGAGCAGGCGGAGAAGCUGAGGAAGGAGCCGGCGGCUGAAUAUGCUGGGGAGGGCACGUCAGAGCGGCAGCAACAGCAGCAGCAGCGACAGCAGCUGGAGAAGGGCUGCGGUGUAGGCGGCAGGGCGGCGGGCGAGCAGAAGGAGGGAGGGGCUGUCGUCGGAGCGGGGGACGGCAGCGGCGGGCAUCAGGGGCAGGGGCAGGAGCAGCCGCGCAGCAAGGAGCACUGCAUUGUGGAUAUGGGUGGCGGCGACGGCCCCGAGAACGGUGGCGGCCGCGGGAGCAGCGGCGGCGGCAGCGGGAGUGGUGGCGGCGGCAAGCGCUACCCACAGCUGUAUGCGGCAGAGUGAUCCGCGGAUCGGCGGGUGGAUCCAGAGGACACGAUGGCAGGAGCGGCGGCGGUGGCACGUGCUGGGUACACGGCGGAGCGCGAGACCUGGUGGCGGCGGCGGUGGCGGGGCCUGUGGAGUGGGUGCGUACGAUUGAUUGGGGUUGUUGGGCCUGCUUGUGUCCUGUACGGCAGUGCGGGUAAUGAUUAAAAUUAUCAACACGAGGCGGGCGCGGCACACUUCGGCACGGUUUCCCUGCCGUGCAAGAGCUCCAUCACUAGCUAUGUUAAAUGCGCUGAGGCGCGCUGUGUCGCAAUCAACCUCCUUUCCCAUUGGUUUAUACUUAUGGCGUUUCUGGGGUGAUCGCAGGGGUCUUAAUUGCACAGUAACUGCUUGCACUGAGUGGCACUCUGCAUCCCGACUGGCAAAGAAUGCCGGCGUUCGACGUGAAGGCUUCCGCAAUAUUGUCUUCAGUAGUCGGAAACCUAGGUUUCCUGCGAUCCGUAGCGAGAGAGUAGUCCCCCUGUAUGGGGUGCAGUGUGUCUGUGGACCAGUGUUGUCAGCGCUGUGUGGCCGUUUGGUGCUGAUUUCGGCGUUCCGUACUCGUAGCUACGGUAUGUUCAAUGCAUACUCUUCGUUCUAGUGGAUCGAUAGCUGCGUGCUGAGCUUCGGGAAGGCGCCACACGUGCGGCCGCCCCUUACAGUGAAGAAGAAUGUGCCUCCUCUGCUCGCAGAUAACCUUGACGUUUGUCUGGUCAGGCGCUGGUGUCCUUAGUGUGCGCGUGUGUUUUGGACAUGACGUUGCUUCGAGACGGUGUCAAUUGAGAGAGCCUUGCAUGUAAGCUUGAGGCUUGUAAUGUUUGCGACGUUAUAAGAGGCGGCAAUCUGAGAGUGCAAGCACACAGACAGCGAAGUUGUUCAGAGAGGAAAACCCGACCGGCGCCGAAGGGUUAGGCACUCCGGCAAAUCUGGGGACUGCGUGAGUCCAUGGACCUAGACCACUGGAACGGCAUAAUAUGACAUAUGUAAGGUCUCUGAGUGGGUCCCGGGCGUAAAAGCGAGCGAGAACCGAAGUCGAACUGCGAAAUGUCGCGCUCGCCAGGACACGACCUAUUUAGCUGAAAGCUAUCCAAGUCAAAUCUAGAUUGUAAAUUCAGUCGACGGCACUUGGACCACGCCCAAAACACGGCCUGUGCAAGAUAUGGGCCUUUGGUCAAUUUUGCAACUUGAGCGCCGACUAGCAUGUUUGAUGCCUUUACCAAGCGCUAUUGGGCAAUUAUGCUGUCAUGUAUGUACCUACAAUAAGACAGCGUCUAAAUCUUGCGGCAGGAUUUGCCCUGGGAGGGCCCAGACACACGUCUUUGCACGCCCCGCACGGCAGACCCCAAAACACAUCACGCAGGACUAGGAUCACGCAGGACAAGAAUUCUGACUAGCGGAAAAAUGUUAGAUAAAUAUCCUUGUCAGAGGUGCUGCGUUGGGUGAAAAUGGGCCCCCAAGUGGGGCCACUUCUGCGCAGGCGCGGAGUGAUACCCGCGUGGCGCAUGCACGCAUUGCCUGCGGCUGGAACAUUAUGUAAAGGAUGGAACAUUAUGUAAAGGCUAACAGGU